AUGCGACUACUACGGUCAAGACGGAUAGGUGCCAAACUCAAGAUUGGGCAACUCCACCACCCAGGCGACUGUGAACCCUUUGAGAUACCGAUACUGCUGUCUAGGAACAAGGACAAUCUCCACGCCCUAGUCGACACAGGAGCCACCGGGUAUGGAUUUAUCGAUGCCUCAUUUGCCCACUCCCGCGGCUACACCACCGAGCCGCUUCCCGCGCCUAGGCAGUUACAGGUAAUCGACGGCCGACCUAUCGCCUCUGGAGAUAUCACUCAUUUCUGCAAGCUCCGCCUCGAAGUAGGCAUCCAUGUAGAAGGGAUCUCCUUAUUCGUCACCCAACUAGGUGACUCUAAGGUAGUACUGGGUCUCCCCUGGCUCCAACACCACCCUGCCAAAAUUCAAUUUGCCGAUCGAUCCCUUUCCUUCCACGCCGACCGAUGCAGACAACAUACCGCUGCCUCAUGGACCUCCACCCUCACUUCCUCCCCGCUGACUGCCGCCGCCGCCACCCUGCCGCCACCACCAAUACCUCCGAGAUCUACCGCCGCCGCCACCUCGCCACCACCCCCGAUACCCCCAAGGCCUACCGCUCCUCGCCGUACCAUCACCCUGUCGGCGGCCCGCUUCCGUAGGGAAGCACAACAGCCCGAAAACCACCUAUUACUCCUGGCUGCUCGCCCCGCCGGUCCGAACCCAACGCAGUCUAACUCCACCGAAGAAUUGGUCCCUACCACCUACCACCCGUACCUCCACCUGUUCCAAGAGUCAGAGGCCCAAGCGCUCCCUAUCCAUCGGUAUAUUGACCAUGAGAUCCCUUUGCAAGAAGGCAAGCAACCUCCAUUUGGCCCAUUAUACGGCAUGUCGUCAGAAGAGUUGAAGACCCUUCGGGAAUACCUUGAUGACCAAUUGACUCGAGGUUACAUACGCUCUUCUUCCUCCCCUGCCGGAGCCCCGUUCCUAUUCAUCAAGAAAAAGGAUGGCUCCCUACGACUAUGUGUGGAUUAUCGCGCCCUCAAUGCCCUCACGGUCAAGAACCGCUACCCACUGCCGCUGAUUAACGACACCCUGGAUAGACUCAAGGACGCCAAGAUCUAUACUAAGCUGGAUCUCCGCAAUGGGUACAACCAGAUAAGGAUAAAGGAAGGGGAGGAAUGGAAAACCGCUUUCUGGACUCGGUAUGGAUUGUUCGAAUACUUGGUGAUGCCCUUCGGACUCACCAACGCACCCGCCACCUUCCAAGCCUUCAUGAACGAUACCCUCCGGACCCACCUCGACGACUUCUGCACGGUGUACCUCGACGACAUCCUGAUCUACUCGAACAUGGAGGAGGAACACCAGCGACAUGUCACUACCAUCCUGGACAAACUACAAUCGGCGGGGCUCCACUGCAAGCCGGAGAAGUGUGAGUUCCACGUCGAUCGUACGGAAUACUUAGGGUACAUCAUAUCGGGCGAAGGGGUUACCAUGGCUACCGACAAAACCAAGGCGAUACAGGAAUGGAAAACACCUACCUCGGUACACGACAUACAAGUCUUUUUGGGAUUCGCCAAUUUCUAUCGGAGAUUCAUCCGCGAUUACUCCAAAGUGGUAUCCCCGAUGACGAACCUGCUAAAGAAGGAUACCCAGUUUGUAUGGACCUCCGCCGCGGACCACGCCUUUACCCAACUAAAAGAAGCUUUUACCACGGCCCCAAUACUGAAGCAUUUCGACCCCGAACGGGCCUGCAUAUUGGAAACCGAUGCCUCCGAUUUUGUCGCGGCCGCCGUGCUCUCCCAGAAAGACGACCAAGGAAUUCUACACCCAGUGGCCUUCUACUCCCAUAAGAUGACACCAGCCGAAUGCAAUUACGACAUCUAUGACAAGGAGCUGCUGGCGAUUGUUCAUGCGUUUGAGGAAUGGAGAAAGUACCUGGAACCGAGCAACCAGGAGAUUACGGUAUACUGCGACCACAAGAACCUGGAACACUUUAUGUCCACGAAGAUUCUUAACCGUCGCCAAGCUCGCUGGUCCCUAAUGCUGUCUUCCUUCAACUUUGUGGUUACCUGCCGACCGGGGAUGAAGAAUGGAAAACCUGAUGCCCUUACACGUCGAUCUGGAGAUCUCCCUAAGGAAGGGGAUGAAAGACUGACCCAACAGCAUCAGGUUAUACUUAAGCCAAAGAACCUCCGUCUAGCCGCCGUACUAGAGGUCCCCCGACCCGCCAAGGUAUCACCCGACCGCCACGAUGAACUGCAGGCUGCGUUAGCCAACGACCCGCUGUCCAAACAAUUGAUGAAGGACAUCAUCGCCAGGAAGAAACACUCUCGCUUCCUCCCCAUCGGGGAAUGCACCAUUAAGGAUGGGUUACUAUACUAUCAGGGCCUACUAUAUAUCCCCGAUGACGCCGCUAUCAAGCUGGAGAUCCUCCGCACCAACCACGAUGCACCUUCGGCCGGACAUCCGGGACGCGCCCGCACGCUGGAACUCCUGUCACGGAACUACUACUGGCCCCAAAUGCGAAAGUAUGUCGCCCGCUAUGUGGAUCACUGUGACACCUGUACCCGGAUCAAGCCGGCCCGACACGCCCCUUAUGGCCUCCUUAAACCCCUCGUUCCCCCAGUUAAACCCUGGUCCUCGUUGUCAAUGGACCAUGUUACCGGCCUACCAGAGUCCCAAGGAUCCAACGCCAUCCUCGUAGUGGUUGACCGACUCACCAAAAUGGCCCACUACAUCCCCACUAGAGAUACCGCGGACGCCCCCGAACUGGCCCACCUAUUCCUACAACACGUCUGGAAAUCUCACGGGCUGCCAAAAGACAUAGUAUCGGACAGGGGUACGACCUUUACCUCGCAGUUUUGGAAGGCACUGUGCAACCAAUUGGACAUCAAACCGCGAUUCAGUACCGCUUUCCACCCACAAACCGAUGGACAGACCGAAAGAGUAAAUGCAAUUAUGGAACAGUACUUACGGGGAUACGUCAACUACCAACAGGACAACUGGGCAGAGUUUCUCCCGCUGGCAGAGUUCGCGCACAAUAACGCCACCACGGAGCCCUUAGGGGUUAGCCCCUUCUUCGCCAACUAUGGGUAUAAUCCCCAAUUAGAGGUCCUACCCGCCGAAGAAAGACACGAAGCCACGCCGAAGGAAGUAGUAGAAUUUGCCGACUCGAUCACCACCCUACAGACCGCAUUGCGAUCCGAGAUCCUGUACGCCCAAGCCGCCGCUGCUGAUAGCGCCAAUACCGCCCGACUCCCCGAACCACGACUAGAGGUAGGGGAUUUGGUAUGGUUGUCGCGAAAACAUAUACGAACUACUCGGCCAUCAGACAAAUUGGACCAUAAACCCUUAGGGAAAUUUAAAAUACUCGAACGCAUUGGAUCUCACGCCUACCGACUGGAACUCCCUUCAUCGAUGAAGUCCCAUCCGGUGUUCCACGUCUCCCUACUAGAACCCGCCCGAACGCAGCCUCUUCCUGGCCACAUACAACCACCCCCGCCACCGGUAGUCGUCGAAGGGGAAUAG